AUGGAAAGUGUGCUGUUGUGUGGCAUUUGUUUCGCUGCAAUCAGCUUGGCGAGCCAACGGCAGCAACAACAAAAGCAAUCACUUUCCGACAGAUCAACCCACCGACCACCUCCUGCCUUUGCUAUAUUUCAACGUUCGACUGUCGAUGUGGGGCGCAUAAAAAUUCAAGGUGUUGCCACCUGCCUGUUUUUGUGCAUGGAUGCGUGCGGCGCUGUGUAUGGCUCGAAAGAAUUUACCGACGACUGCGUCUUCAAUGAGAACAUGGAGCUGCACAACUACAAUACCUACACAUCCACAUUCAAUUCGAAUGCGCGGCGCGUCUAUUAUUUAGCGCUGAAUCGACAUGGUGAACCGCGCAAAUUGCAAAUACCGCCAACCCGCUCGCUCGGCAAGCUGGCCACCUACACGAAUGCCAUCACCGAAACGGUGGAGGAAGAACGCGUCGAACAGCUGAUAGCAAAGAAUUUCGGCGAGAACCGCAUUAAGCACGGCUUACGCCAACUCUGUGAUACGGGCAAACCAUUGGUCGACCUGAUCGAUAGCAAACACUUCAAAGUGCACCCCAAGUGCAAUCCAAGCUCUAGCAAUAGCAAUAGCAUUAGUAGCAGUAGUAGUAGUAGUAGCAGUAGUAGUAGUAGUAGUAGCAGUAGUAGUAGUAGUAGCGUUAGUAGUGGUAGCAGAAAGAGUAGUAGUAGUCCAUUAGGCAAUAGUGAUAGUGAUAGUCCCAGCGGUAGUGGUAAUAGUAGUAGUAUUAGUGGCCAACCAAUGAGCAACGUUCCUGCUGCCGAUGAGAGAGGCGAGUCACAGAGCAGCGUAGUCACAAAUAGCCAUAGCCAUCACAGUAAAGGUGGCCAGCGGGGCGCGAACGCGUCCAAUAGCCUGAGUAGUAGUAUUAGCGAUAGUUCGUCAACAAAUAAUGGCGAUCGUACUAGCAGUAACAGCACUCAGAGCGGUCAGGGCCAUCAGCAUAGCAAAGGUGGCGGUGGAGGCGGCAAGAAAAAGAAGAAACGGCGAAAAUGCCGUCCGCAUGAGAAUGAAGAGGAGCAUAAUUGCCAAAGGAGCCCUUUAGCGCUGCGCAAGCGCGGCAAUAAUCUCAACAAUAAAAAGUGUCGAGAGCAGCUAGCGCUACAGCAACAACAGAGGCGACAGCUGAAAGCGAAGGGAGAAGAAGUGCCCAAUAUGCCGCUGCCCGCGCCAUGCAAGAAGAAAAAGAACGGCGGCGGGGGCGGAGGCGGUGGUGGAAAGAAGAACCGCAACAACCAAAACGCAAAUAACAACAAUCACAAUAGCGUUGGCGGCGACGCAGCGGGAGCGAACAAUCGCCGUGGCAAGAAGCUAAAUGCGAAUGGUCGUCAAACAGGUGGCGGUAACGGCGGUGGCGGAGCGGGUAACCGCAACUCCGGCGCGAACCGCAAGCGAGCAAGAAACGGCGGACCACAACCGCAAAAGAAGCUGAAAAAGCAGUUCAUGUCAAAAGCUGGCAGCAGCGUGACCAGUACUACGCAAGCCACCAGCAGUACAAUCACCAGCAGCACAGCGGCGUCCUCAAUAACAACAGCGCGCACCGAUCGCAGCGAUAGCACUACAGUGACGGCAGCGCUGGCGAUGCCGCCCACUACCACUGAACUCAGCAGCGCCGAACAAGAGGACCGCUUAGAUCCGCGCGCAGAGGCGACAAGCGUACGUGGCGACCGUGAGCGCGAACAACGCAACGUGCGCUAUACCAAUUCAAUGGAAGAAGAUGCGCCGCAAGGCAAUGCGGCAGCAGAUACGGCUGGUUCGCUGGAAGAUUCCACGGAGGCGGAUGCCAGUGAAGAGGAAGAGCACGAUGGUGGCGCACCAGACGAAGAAGUCGCAGACGCCGGCGGCAGCGACGAUGUCUACGACGAAAGCGAAGAGAGCGCGGCGGUAGUGCCGUCAACGUCAUCAGCGGCAAUGGCAGCGAGCGAUAGCAAAGCGGCGGCGUUGGCGCAAGCGGAGCUACUCGGGGAUGCAGACGAUUUUUUCUACUACGACCAAUUCGAUUUGUGAGUUUCCAAAUUUAUCUUAUCACUAAAUUAAAGUCUCUAAACUCUAAACUGUUUGUACGCUAAUCAACACUUCCACAAAUCCUACACACCUACACACACACACACGCACAUAAUCAACACCUUAAAACCUACCAACCUGCAAAAAUCACCCACACAAACAUAUCCCUUGUCCAUGGCUUCCUUUUUGCUCCUGAGAAAUGUUUUUGAAAAAAUUCGUUUAUUUAACCAUAAUUUUUAUGGAAAAUGUGUUUCGCUAAUUUUUUUCUAUAAUCUUUUUAACGGUUUGCUAAACGUUGGGUUUAGCGCGGCAAGAAUGAGUAACAAAAAUCUAUUAUAAAACUAUUUUCAAAAUUUUUUGUGGUUUUUAUUUUUGCUAAUUUGGUCUUAAUUAACACUGGAAAAUUAUUUUUCAAAAUUCUUAUAUUUUUUCUAAUCACUUUUACUAAGUAUCUACAUGGAAAUGUGUAUGACAAUUGGCAAUGAAUGAUUUGUUGUAUAGUAAAUAUUUAUCAAAAUUUACAUUUUUUUCUUCAUAAUUUCGAUUAGAAGUAGUUGGUAUUUUUGGAAGUAUGAAAAUUUGGUUAAAAAAAGAGAAAAUCGGAAUUUGUAGACAUUUUUGUUUUUUAGUCUUGCUUGCAUUCUGGUAAACUCCGAGCAAAGCUCAUAAGUGUGUGUAAAAUGUAAAAAGCAACAAAGAAGAGAAGAAGAGGAAGAAGAUUAUAUUGCUAAAGAAAUACAGAUGUACAAAAUAAGCAAAUAAUCUAUCACUUACUACUUGUUAUUUAAGGCAUUUAUUUAUAUACCUACACACAUACAUAUGUAAAUUGAACCAUUGAAAACAACCGCAUACUUAAUUAUACAUAAAUUAAAACUUGUAAAGGACAAACACAAAUAAGUGCAUAUUUUUGUAAAAAACAAAUGCAAAGGAAGUAAGACCGGCAGGUAAAAUUGUUAAAAACCAAUACUAAUUUAUACAAGCGAACAAUAAUUUUUAUAGAAAUGCGAAAUAUAAAAUAUAACAAACGAAAUGCACCAUGCAACAGAGAUCGCAGAAGUAUCUGCAUGUGCACACACAACCACAAACGCACCCGCACCAGCACCAACAUCACUCAUUAUCACCCAUUCGCACUCAAUCCAUCUGCAAUCAUCACUCAAUCACAUCCACAUGACUCACUCAUACAUACUCACAUACACAUACAGUUACACAUAUGGGUUUAUGCAAGGAUUGCUGUGUGUAGAUCACGCAUACAUGCAACGGAAGUACAGCUAUAGUUCGUGCACCAGGUGAAUAAGGCUUUGAUAUGAAGAGCGCUCGUUGAAAAUUGGCUGCAAUUUGGAUUAACUUUAAAAAUAAAAAAUUGUUUUCAAAAUUGUAAAAAAAGUGAAAAGGGAUCAACGUUUAUAAUGAAAUUUUUACAAAAUUAAAACUCAAACGCCGCAACACGCCUUUAAGCAUUUAAGCUAGAACUCCAUACCAAGCAGUCCAGGCGUUAUGACUUUCAACGCUUUUUUCAGCCAUAAGAUUGGCCAUCGCCUGGGACGACCUCUUGAUUUGGAGUUCUAGCUUUAGACUUUUAAGCAGUUUCUAUGUAGUAUUCAGCUUCAUGCUGCCAUCACAAAGAGCUUAAAUCAGUAAUAAUAGUAAAUUCAAACAUUUAAAGGAAAUAAAUAAAUAAUUCGCGCAUACACUUCUGUUAAGCAUUUGGCUGAGCUCCUCCUACUAUUUGUGGUGUGCGUCUUGAUGUUGUUCAACACGUCCACAGCAAAAUAAUAGAAAACAGCAUUUUGACAAAACAAACAUUUUGACAAACAAAGCAUUUUGACAAACUACCGAGUGCAUUUUUGCCAUGGAAAAGCCCUCAUAAAAUUUGCCGUUCGGAGUCUGCUUAAAACUGUAGGUCCCUCAACUUGUGGAAAUAUUUAGUUUGUGUCAUUAAGACUUUAGCUGACCUUUGACCCUACAACUCACUUUCGCACUCUUAAAAGUUUGUUAAAUUUCUGGUCGCUGACAAUCAAAAACUGGAGUUAGGCUCUUUAAUAUUAGUUCAUGUACCGAGAGAAUAAUGGAUUUCUUUUCCUUUUCGUCAAACUAAUAUUUAAAAAUGUGUGCUGUGCUCUUUAAAAUUUGUAGCUAAAUUUAGGUGAAGUAAAGUGAAGUGAAAUUGAGGCAAUAUUCAUAUUCCCUCACCGGCAUUACUAGUCUUGAAAAUAAUACAUUCUCACUCCAGUCCUCAGACUUUCUCAUAGCUUCAGAACUUGCAAAUUUACGUUUUUCGGGUAAUUGAAAAGACGAAAACAUUUAAAGAGCAUUUUGAAAGGCAGGAGUAGUAUAUCGGUUAUAUUUUUAUUUAAUUUUUUUAAUUAUUUUAUUAUUUUAAAGAAUAAAAUAACGUUUUGGUAUUACAACCAGUCCAACAUAAAGAUUCUAACGAGCAAUUUUCACCGAACAAAAAAAUUUAUAAAUGUAUAAGGCACAACUGCUCUUGGAUAUCUGUCUGAUCUAAAAGUGUUUUACGUUGGAGCCGCCGACGAUGAAUACUUGGCUGGAGCAAAUCCAAUUCAUCUGUGCACUGCCUCUGUGCACUUAGAUGUUGUGUAGCCAUGGCAGAAAAUAAACAAAAAACAGCCACGGAUUGGUUACAUGAGGAAACAAUUUCUAGAAUUUGAAUGCCUGAGAAUAAGCGACAUGGAAAAUGUGCUAUGUACUUCUGAGGGUUUAUGAACUAAAAAUUUUUUAUUAUGAGAAUAAAAUUAAGAAAGAGAUGACUGAGAAACUAUGCCCAAAAGGCUAUACAGUAAUUUUUUUGAAUUUUUUUUGGUACUUAAAAGUCUAGUAAAUUUUGUAAUUUUUGAACCCUUCUUUAAAUUCAUAAUUUCUAUUGUAAAAAAACGAGAGAAAGGAGUUUGAAAACAACACAAAUUUCAAGCUUUCGACAGCUGUUUUACGUUUGUGGUUACCAUUCAUGUGGAUGGCGCUGUUGCAGCGAGGAAUUUACAAAUAAUAUAGCGAGAUGUUAUGCCCAAUGGAUAGCAGGCAUUCGCGGAAAAGCAAAUGUGUUUAAAAACCUCCAUAUAACUUAGAGAUUAGUUUACUCAUCGUUCUACUUAGUUAUUUUUUUUUUUUUUGUAUUUCAAAGGCCGAUAACUUUGUGAAACUUUCUAUAAAGUCAAAAUUUGUUAUGACAAAAAAAAACUAGAGAAAAGAGUUUUGAACACAACUUAAAGCUUCAACUUAGUAGGUGUUUUAUGUUAAUGUCGAUUGCAGCAAAAAAUUUAAAAACGAUACAUGACAGGCAGUCGCGAAAAAGAAAAUGCUGUUUAAAGGGGUCUGCAAAGCUUACAAAUUAGAGAUAAUUUUUACUCACCUUACUACUUAAUUUUUAUUUUUUUUUUAUUUCUUUUGAAUCAUUUUUUUCUACACAUCGCUGUACUUCAACAUGAAUACACUAAGAAAAAUCACUGAAUCAUCAUCACAUAUUAUAAUCUACUCCUAGUCCACUCAUCCCAAAAGCGAAACAAUGUAUAUUAGGGUGUGUCAAUUUUUAUUUCUAUUUUUCUUUUUUGACAUCCUUCCUAGCAGAUUCAGAUUCUAUAUGAAAUUCGAAGAAAAAGCUAUGCUGGAGCAUAGCUCUAAAGUCAAUUUUGAGUGUCGAAAAUUUUAAAGGAAACUCUCUUCAAAUAAUACGAAGUUAACAUGAAAUUUAAUACUAAGUCUCUACUUUUCGUCAAGCGCUAGGAAGGACGUUCGUUAAUUUUUUUGUUGGUUUCAAAGGCAAAUUUUUUGUCAAGUGAGCCGAGCAGAGAGAUAGCGAGCAGAGAAGAGACGAAUAGAAGAGGCCUAUUAACUAAAGUACUCUGAAUGUUAAUUUUUGUAAUAAAAACUUCUACUUGGAGAUUUUUUGGCGCGAAAUAUUUAUUUUUAUUACAAACCUCCGUUGGGCACUUGGGUCUGACCAGACUUUUUCGACUUUGGACGUGAACUUAACAUAUUUCUAUUAUAGCUAACGACUUGAUGUUGUUGUUGUUGCUGUAGCAGCAUAAACAUUCCCCAUACAUAUACGGGAAUGCUGCUAAAGUGACAGUCCUUAGCCGAAUAUAAAUCCGAGUCGUUCCGGUUACGUAGAACCGACUGUCGCGGGAACUUGAUCUUCGCAGUAGCUUCCUAAAAUUUAAUUUUAUAUCGAUUCAUAAAUAUAAUUUUUUAGAAAGGAUCCUCGAACAGGACGAAAAACGGUCAGAUCCGGGUGCCCAACCGGAGGUUUUAAACAAAGUGUUUAAAGCAGGUUUAAAGAACUCUGUAAUGGCGCUACAAAGCAAAGCAGCUAAGAAAUAUGUCGAAAAAAAUUGCUCCAUACAAAUUGGCGCACCCUAAUGCGUAUACAAUGCACUUGGCCAACAUUUCAAAUUGAAGAAAAUUUUAGUUAGCGAAUACAACAACGCACAAUAGCAGUACUGUAUAAAAUGAAGAAUGUAUACAUGAGAUUAGCAAAUAUUGUCAGCACCCUGUAUAUACGGCAGAAUGCACGAAUACGAAUACACAUACAAAUAUACUCUUACUAAAUAGAUUAACGCAAACCAGAAUGAGAAGCUUAAAAAUAGAAAAAGAAACUGAAAAAACAAAAGCAAAAAUUAACAGGAAAAUAUGAAAUAUGCGUAAGCAAACGUCUAAGAAACCUCGCUGCCUCUCAGUAAGUAAUUUAAAUAUGUAAAAAAUAUAGAAAAAUAAGAACUAACGAAUGCGAAACAAAUCGAAAUGCGAAAUGUAUAGAAUAACUAAAAAGUAAGCAAUUAAAAUGCUCAAAAUGCGCCUUCAAUGAAACUAGUUUUAAGAAGCUGAAGAAAAUUUCAAAGAAGAAAAGUUGAAAAAAAAACAUUAAUAAAGGAAGUAGUAGUGUAAAAAGCUAAUGCACAAGCGCUGAAAACGCGAAAAAGUGAAAUGAAUGUAAAUUUUUUUGAAAUGUAAGCAACUUCACUCAGCUAUGAUUAAUUUAUUUUUAAUCUUGAAUAUUUAUUUAAAAGCAUAUAUACACGCAUAUUUUAAUGUAAAUUAAAAUUACUGUUAUUUUAUAAUUUAUAUUAAUUUUUCUCACACUGUACAACUAACAAUGCAAAGAGUUUGCUGAAAGGAACUAAAAAAAUAUCAAAAAAUAUUUAUAAAAAAAUUAAAACGUUGAAAUUAAGCUCACAAACAUGUAAUAUUUCACGCACAUACACACACAUAAAAAAUACUUGCACUCACACAUGCGCAAACACACGCGAAACACUUACGAAAUACGUACACAAGUAGCUGCCAAUUGUAUUUGUAAUUUGUAUCAAACUGUUAAGUGUUAAGUUUAAUUAAACGAAAAAAAAAACACAACCAAACAAAAACAAAAAGCAAACUAAUAAUAUAUAAUUUUAUUUAAUGCUCAAUUGUCUAGUUUGUAUUUGUAAAGUAUGCGAAAUAGAAAAUCAAAUGAAAUUACAUUGACAUUGACAGUCGAAUGGUCAGCUGAGGAUGAUGAGCGUAUGCCAGCAACACCUGAUUACCACAAACAACAAUUACAUAUUAAUUACGUACACUCAUACUCACACAAACACACACACACAUAAACUACUUUCUUUUAUAAAAUGUAAAAAGUGCAUUAUUUUUAAGUUUUUUUAGUUUUAAGUGAGAAAAAAAAAUUAUUUAAUAAAAAAAAAAUUAUUUAAUAAAACAAAAAAAAGCAAAAAUAAUAUUUAAUUAAUAAUAACAACAACCAUGAAGAUGAUGACUAUCAAGCUGAAAACAAAAAUAAGCAAAAAUAAAUAAGAUACAUUCAACUAAAGAACUUUCGUUAAAGAUUUAUUUAAUUUCAACUGACAAAUUUGAGGGAAUUGCAUGAUUAUCUCUUACGAUCACUUACGAUUAUUAUUUCAAUUGUAUGCACGAAUGUAUGUACACAGUUGUGUAGCAUACUUAUAAGGGUUUGCAUUUCCAACUAUUUGAAAUGGCCGUGCAAAGGAAGUUUUUGGUGUAGCCUCUUGAAUACACAUUCACACACAUACAUAUAUGCAGAUGUAUAUAUAUAUAAAUGAAAGUAAAAAAAUAGCUGAAAAUGUGUGUGGAAAUUUAAAAAAGGAAAGCAAAGAGAAAGCAAGAGAGCAAUAAACAUUUUUUUUGUUGUCAAAUGCAGUCCACAUUACCUUAAACGCGUAGAAAAACAUGAGUACCUAAUCAGUACUACCAAUACAUUUACAUUCACAUUGAUUGUGUGGAUAACAGCGGGACUAAGGAGAAGGCGGCGGUGCAAAUCGCAAGUGUUUUAUUUAAAUAUUUUAUGUUUUUAACUAUUUUUGUGAUUCACAAUUUUAGUAUAACAAAGGCCCUAGUGAAGUUUAUUGUUUAUUAUUUGUUUUUAUUAACCCUUUUGCAUCAUUUGACGGAAUAAUUCACUCUUGUCAACAAGAGCGGAAUAGCCCGCGUGAACAGAAACUCUCUCUUAUAACGAAGAACGGAAUAAGCCACGAUAAAUUAUUUUUUUGUUAAAGUUUGAGGAAAAUAAGUAAUUUUGGUAAUCCUGUAACAUUAUUUUUCAUUAGAACGCAGUCUUUAGUAAAAGUCUUGCCAACGCAGGGUUUUUGGGUACAUAGCGCAUUCGAAGCGUUGAUGGAAAAGUGUUAAAAAAAUAUGUGCAUAUAUCAAAAUAGUAAAAAUUUAUUUGUAGCAAGCGUUUUUAUAAUAACAAAUACCAAAAGUUCACUUUGCCGUUCCCAGCAAGUGCACAACACGUCAAAACAGGUACUUAUGAUAUUUCCGCAACAUGAAAUUGUUAGACACAUGCUGACAGCCAUAUAUCAUGCAAUGCAUGCUAAUAGCAACAUUGUCGCUCAACAUUUACCUGUACUCCGUUUCGCUGAUAGCAACCUUGCAUAACAAUUGUUUCUGCAAAAUUUCCAACAACGCAUGUCUGCUUACAAGUUUGCUUUACGAUGUGUUUCGAUGGUUGCUCGGUAUUUUGAGUAUUAGUGAGCCUGCAUAGAGAGUAAAUCUCUCCGCACAUACUAAAUUGUAACAUUACAUUAAUUAAUUAAAAAAUAGAGAGCACAUCUCAAUGAAUCAAACAAGAACAAUCACGCUGUGAUUUUGAUUUACAUUCUUUGUUAAAGUUUGUAUACUGUGAUUUUUUUAGUAGAUAUAAAGUCUUACACUACAAAUCUACGAAUUUCGGCAUUUCGAGAAUCCCUAAUGAAGAACAACAUUGUGAGCUCAACUCAACGGUCACAUCGGCAGCAAUGCAAAAUGGCUUCAAAACAAAAAAAAAACAAUAAAAACAAUGAAAAUAUCGCAAAUCAAAGCUAGCGAGAAAAAUUAAAAGAGAAAACAAAAACAAAAAAGGUUAUAAAAAAUGAAAAUCAAAACAAAGAGAUUUGCGUGAUCACUGAUACACUCGUAUGAUAGAGCGCUGAGCAGCUAUGCAACAUGCGGCUUAUGUAGCAGAUUACCACUUGGUGGGCGGAUCACGCAUUUACAAAAUAAAACAAUAACUCAAUGACUAGUUUGGCUGAAAAACAAUAACUGCUAAUUUUUUAUGAGAUAUUUAUAAAUUUGAUGAGAGCUGUGAGAAAUGUGUUAAACUGAAAGGGUCUAUUACUUCGCAUCAAAUCGUAGUUAUCGGCAGGUGCAUAUUUCUUGUUUCCAAAAAAUCCGGUUUCAUGGAUAUACAUAUGCCUGCAUUCAAAUUCAAAAUUUCAUGGUAUUUUAGUUGGGUUAUAAGAGUUAAUGAGAGAAAUAUUUCUUUUAAAUUAAAAAAAAUUAAUCAGUUUAUUUUCAAAUCUUCAGUUUAUUGUGUAGAGCUCAGAGUUAGUACUCAGUCUAUACAAAGUUUUUUCAGGACCGCUUUAGAAUUUUUCUGCCUUCACACUUUGGGCCUUUGUUAUAGGUACUCGUACUCGUAAAUGCUCAUUAAA